GUUUGGGAUAUGGCAAUGAAUGUGUUAUGGCGCGAAUAUCUGCUCUUGCCUGUGCCGGUGCUCGGGGUUGAAUGGGUUCCCAUCCCCGGACAGGCACAAAGCAAACCCGAUACCGAAGCAAUUACAUCGAGUCCCAGUUCUCCAAACGCAUUUCAUUUGGGCCUGAUCGUGUAUGGCUGGCAACCGACAGGAAAAUCUGGCCUUAUGGGACUUGGGAACGGCACAACCUCAACAAAUACCAGCAACAGCUCCUCGGAUCGAAACGGGACAAAUACGGAUGUUCGACUGGAGGGUCGAAACGUUGUCUUGUUAGUUGAUUUGGACACUGGUUACUCGCAUAGCAUUCGCGGUUCCAGUCCGUCUGGUCUAGCCGAGGUUCCUAUGCGUUCUGGAGGCCUUGGAUCCGGAACACCCUCUCAUAGAAGUCACAUGAGCUCAAGUUCUCAAUCGGAACUUGAGGGUCCCGUGGAACUGGCACGGGUGAGCCACAACGGGAGAGAAGCUGAGAAGCAACACUUCGUUCAUCAACAAAUAACCAUUCCUUUUGAUAAACCCGUCGAUUAG